GGUUUUCGAUUCUUUAAAUAAGACAGAUAGUAAAUGUAAGAAUCAUAUUGCAUCAUGUUAUAUCUGAUAUAAAAUAAACAUUAUAUCUAGAUGAAACACAUUCUCACACCAAUAAAAACACCAAAGAUGUUGGCAAGUCAGUUAACUUAAAAGAAAUUCUAGUGUAAUUGGAUGCAUCGGUUCGAAUGGGUUUUAAUGUCAUUAAAUCUGCUUGUGAAAUGUAUAUUAAAAUGUUUUUGGACAACUUUUAGAAAAAUUAAUUGAAGAGGCUAAUAAAUUUUAUUAAAACUAGAAAUUUUUGAUAAUUCUUGAUGAUCGUCCCAUCCAUUUUCGCAAAUUUUGAAUUUUUAAAAGAAAAUGUAUACAAAAAUUAACCUUAUGAUGAAAAUACGAUUUUUCAAUUAAUACAUUGUUAAUUAAAGGAAAAAAAAAAUAUGGUUUCAUUCAAAAUGUAAUGGUUCAUAUCCAAAAUGAAAUAAAAUUAAUUUAGUUAGGUGAGGAAUACUAAGGAUGAUUUAAUAUAAUUCAAAUAAAAAACUAAUUAAUAUAUAAUAAUGUAAACCAGGACUGUAUAAAAAUAUUCCUAGAUAUCAAAAUAAUACACUUAAAUAAUGUAAUUUAUGAAAUAGAUCAAUAAAGGCUAGUCAAUUUGUUUAAGCUAUAAUUCAACGAUAUAUAUCAAUCGUCAAUAGGUCAAAUAUUUACUAAAUCAAUUAUUAGGUAUCCUCUUUUUGGCUACAUUUUAUUGAAUUCAAAAAGGCUUACUGUUGGUUGUAUCAAUUUUAGAAAAUUAAUUAUAUUGAUUAACUUUAACAAAUUUUAUUAAUCCAAUUUAA